AACGACCGAAUCAAUGACUACCGCCAAAAAGGGAGAAUCCUCCAACAUGCGGAUGAACUCGGGGAAGUAGUCCCCGACCUCCUCGUCCACGGCGCCCACCAGGCUGACUUGCCGCAUGGCCCCGGCCCGUAUACAGCAGGCAAGCCCAAAGCAGCGUCGUGCCACGUCGUGGCAGGCAGCACCGAGGUCCACCAGAGGAGAUGCGGCAGAAUUCACAGCGAGAAGAGGCAAAAAGAAGUUUACCGACGCAAAUCCCGUCGUCGGCAUUCUCCCCACAGGGCAGACUGAAUGCAGUACUCCCCAGAUGGAGUUCACGGCGCUGUGCACGUUUUUGAUCUCGCUGGCCUCCUCCGGCCUCUCCCGGGAGGGGAACGAGGGGUCCGGGUCGUGCGUCGCCACCCUGCGGGCUGGGGCGGCGUGCGGACCGGGGCGGGCCGGCUGCCCUUACGUCUUGAGCCUGCCGCCGAUGACCGUGCACCUGCCGAAACAGCUCGGGGAUCUGGAGAAGCUGCUGAAGGACCUGCAGACGCUGAAGGACGACGUGGACCAGUUGAGGGAGAUGUGCGGCGACGGCGGGGUACGCCCGGACAUCAGGUACGACGUGGAGGGACACUCUCAGACACGAGAUUUAGACGCGAGGGACAGGCCGGGAAAGACGGCGGCAGGUUCCGUGUGCGCUCUAGAAACGGGCGGGAAAGAAGCAGCCGCGAAAGAGGCGAAGGGAGAAAAUCAACAAGCCAAGCGGGAUAGCGGAGGAAAAGAGACGGGAAAUCACCGAGAGCGUCAAGUGCGGCCGGACGACAAAAGCGCCGAGGAGAAAAAGACACAAAUAAAGAUGCUGCAGAACCACGGGAGGCAGGAUCAAGGGAAGAUUUGCGAGGAGAAGAAAAAGGAAAUGGAAAAGGGGAGAAAAGCGGGGAAGAUUCAUGAGAAGCCAAAACAGAUUGCAAGCAGAGGACUCCAGGACAAAAGCGGGUCGAACCAAAAAGACGGGGAGGUGGACGGAGAAACCGAGAGAGGGAAACAAGCGGAGGACGUGCAGAGCGACGGCGACGGAGGCUCAGCGCCCAGAAGAGCGACUCAGACGACAGACUUUGUUUCAAUCAGCUGGGCUCCUGCCUUGACGUAUAGCUCGACUCAAAGCCCCCAGCUGGCGGACUUGGAUCAGGCUGAGAGUAUCACCUCAUCUCUUCCAUCUCCUCCCUUCUCCAAAUCCACUUCCCAAUCCUUCCCAGUUAUUAGUCCAGAAAGAACUCAAACAACUACGACUGAAUCAAGCCCCGAAAGCAGUCUCUCGGAUUUAACGAGUUACCCAAGCUCAAGUCCAGGCGGGAUCAUUCCCUGGAACGACCUUCACACCACUCUUUCCCCCGAGGCCGCAGAACCUCGCAGGUGGACGAGCGUCGACGCCGGCUUGAAGGGCCCGCGGGGCCUGAAAGCCGAGUCGGAGGCAAAGCGGGAGCCUGGAACGAACCGUGACGCAAACGAGCCAAAGGACCCCGAGCGCGACAAUAAACCGAACGUUCAGACAGAACAAAAAAUGUCUCACCUGAAAAACAAAGCAGAGAUGAAACUGAAACCUGGGAAUGAAACAAAAAGGCUGCAAAUUCAAAAAGAUGAUAACUGGGGAACUGAUCCCCACCUCAAAAUCCAAAAACCAAAACAUGGUCAAGACAAGACAACUCAUCAACAGCAGGUAGCAAGUGACCAACAAGCAAGACCCGCGGCCAACGAAGAACCCGAAUCAAGCCAAAAGCCGAUGUCGAACAAAAACUCGAAGCCUAACAAAAGACCCGUUCGUCCAUUUAAAACCAGCAAGAUUGACCAAAAGAAAAAAAAUGACAAAAAGGUCAAAACUGACACAAAACAAAAAGUGGAUCAAAACAAAGAAAAGCAACAUUUCACACAAGAACUACAGACAGACUCCGAAAAAACACAAAAACCGACGGAAUCGCUUCAUUCUAAUUCUUCUGGAAACUCUGAGUCACAUAACACAUUUACAGCUAAUCCCGGUCAAAGGCUGACAUCCAGCCGGAAAAUUCCCAAUAUUAACACAAAGCCCAAAACUGGUCAGUUGCCCAAACCUAACCAAAAGCAGCCCAAACCUGCGAGGGACCAAAACACGAAAGCUAACGAAAACCCGAAAGCCAGCCAAGUACUUCCUGAUACUGACCACCAAUCUGUGUCUCAUCAAAAUCCUGGUGAGAACUCCAACAAAGGAUCUGAGGCCUGGGCUCCGUCAAGACCACCAACCGGCAAGACGCUGGAGCCAGGUGCAACACCAGCUGAACCAAAACAGAACACCACCAUCAACCAACCACAUCAUUUUAGUCAGACGAAAGGCAGUUUCUACAAUGCUCACCUCCCACCUGCUCCCAGUCCUGUUCCACGGACAACUGAUGUGACUCAUUCCCGAGUGGACACAGAGUUCCAGGCCAGCACGAUGAAAACCUUCACGCCAAUGACCUCCGAGAACCAAACAGUGGGUCCAAACAGUGGCGUGGUGUCUGAUCUGACGCCACAAACAACCAACCACCCACCGCUGGAUCCAAGAUCAACAAGACCGAUCCGAGUUUACAGUGUUAUUCCGAGCACCAAUCCAGCCCCCACUGAGCCGAAUUUGCAUGCUAGAGAUGAAACAGCACCCCCCCAAAAGACCAUUCGACCCCUUUCUUCCGGUGCCCAGACCACCUCCAGCUAUGACUUCGGUUCAACGACCACCACUGACGCCGAGGCCCGACCGGCCGCCAAAUCGACGACGUCAAGUGCCCGCGAACUGCGCGUCAAAAUCAAGCAGGUGGCUGCUGCGUUCUUUAACGGCAGCCAAGUCGGUCCGAGCAGAAGACCGCCAGUGGGCAGGCGGCCCGAAGGUCUACCAGAGGCUAAUGACGGUGAAAGCCGGCAACCCGGUGGAAGACUGAAGCUGAGACCAUCUGAACGUGCAGUUUCCGUGGUGAAGAGGGAUUGCUCAGACCAUUUAAUCACAGGCAGGGUGAUGAAGAGCGGCAUCUACCGAGUGACUCCAGAUCCCCACACAGGCGGCAGUUUUCUGGUCUUGUGUGACAUGGAGGUGCAAGGCGGCGGAUGGACCCUCCUGCAGCUGCGGCAAGACGGCGGCGUCGGCUUCAACCGCACCUGGGUCGAGUACCGAUCGGGCUUCGGGGAGCUGCUGAACGGAGGGGAGUUCUGGCUGGGGAACCAAAACAUGCACCUCCUGACCCGGGACAGGGACAUGACCCUGCGGGUGGAGCUGGAGGACUUCUCCGGGGUGGCCGGGUACGCAGAGUACGAGCACUUCAGGGUUGCGAGUGAGAGGAUGCGCUACAGGCUGACGGUGGGGGGCUAUUCGGGCACGGCGGGGAACGCGCUCCGAUUCGGUUCCAGUUACGACCACAACAACCGGGCCUUCACCACCCCAGACCGGGACAAUGACCGAUACCCAUCUGGGAACUGCGGGGCCUACUACAGCUCCGGCUGGUGGUUCGACGCCUGCAUGGCUGCCAACCUCAACGGAAGGUACUACGUCGGGAAGUACAAGGGGGUCCGGGACGGGAUCUACUGGGGGGCCUGGCACAAUAUUUCCACCGAGUUCUACCCCACAAAUGAAAGGCAGUCCUUUAAAACAGUUCGGAUGAUGAUCAGACCGAAGGGAUUGUUUUCAUGAACGCGUUGUCGUGAUCAUACACCACUCACAACCCCCCCAAAAAUACUGUUUGGCCUAAAGUGACUUCACCUUUUUGAAGGUUUAAGUGGAUUUUCGGGUCAUCCAGAAAUGUUACUCCGAAGCCAAAUACCUGAUCUUUUACUAGUUGCGUAUCUUCAUAUCAACAGCAAGUCAGCUUGCACCGCUCAAUAAGAACUCAUUAACGAGACGGUACUCAAGACACACCUCAUUGACUCCGCGGAGCAAGAGCGCCUCCUAGCGGAAGGUUUUCACGCUGCACUAAAUUGAGUGCUGAUAAAACAGGGUCCUUGUUUUGGAAUAUUAAAUAUUGGUAGGAAAAAGUGAUCGGUUCUGAAUAUAAAACAAAAGAAAGCAAAACAAAAACCAAGUCCGGUGGUAAUGGAGAACCCCUGUAAUGUGAUAAUUGAGGAUGUACAUAGUGUUCUUUUCAUUUUUCUUUUUUUUUUACAAAAGUGACAUAUAUUACGUUUCAAACCAGUGUGCAAUUUCUUGUAAUUGACUAUUUUACUUAUAUUGAUGAGUGAUCAGAUGUUGCUCGAAAGUGUACGAAAGAUUAUUUGAGUUUUUGCAACUUUUGACUUUAUACCAAAGAAGAAACAUACUGCAAAUUAAAGCGGAAAAUGAGAAAUGAACAAAGUCUGG